CUUGUCACUCAUUUAUUAUAUUCGCUGGAGCCUGCAACUCACGCAAAGGAGCCGUAUUCAGUAUUCAUUUACUCUUUUCACUGAGCUGUACAGUUAACAGUCUACGCCUUGGAGCGCUGAAUCCAAGUCAAUUCAACCGACCUUCUUCUCUCCUCCCGUUUCUAUCGCUUAACGUCAACCUUCACCUCCACGGAAGUCUCGUUUCCUGGAGAUUUGAGUCACCGGAGUGGAUCCGCUGUCUUGUCAACAGGUCACAUGCGCAUUGAUGAAUCGACGCGUAGAAAAUUGAGGUAUUACCUGAUCUGGAGGGGUGAGUUUGGAGUUUAGCUGCCGAGUUGACUCGCGAUGGUUGAGUGAUUGCAGCGACGGGGAAGAGGAGUCGGAGCUAUGAAGCAGAGCGCGGUGCGAAGGUCUAGCUUUCAGAAAUCUCAGCUUAGAUGGAGGAGGAAAUCGCUUAUGUUCGCGUUGCUUUUGCUCGGAUUUUGCUUCGGAACUUUCGCGCUUAUGGAGACGCAGUACAGUCGGAUCAAAAUGCUCGCGUUUCUCUCUCCUCCUGUAGUUCAGAAGCCCAAAAUUGCGUUUCUGUUUAUAGCUCGGAACCGGCUUCCUUUGGACAUUGUUUGGGACGCAUUUUUCCAGGGAGAUACAGAGAAUAAAUUUUCUAUACACGUUCAUUCAAGGCCUGGCUUUCUGUUCAAUAAAGUAACAACAAGAUCGGAGUAUUUCUUGGACCGCCAAGUUAAUGCUAGCAUACAGGUAGAUUGGGGAGAAGCUAGCAUGAUUCAGGCUGAGCGUAUUUUGCUCCAAAAUGCAUUGGUGGAUCCUUUUAAUGAAAGAUUUGUAUUUCUUUCAGAUAGCUGCAUACCGUUGUACAACUUCAGCUACACAUACAACUAUAUAAUGUCUACCUCCAAUAGUUUUGUGGACAGUUUUGCUGACACAAAGGAAGGCCGUUACAACCCAAAAAUGCAUCCUGUAAUUCCUGUUCAAAACUGGAGGAAAGGAUCUCAGUGGGUUGUUCUAAACAGAAAACAUGCUGAAAUUGUAGUGAAGGAUGAAACUGUUCUUCCUAUGUUUCAAUUGUAUUGCAAGAAAAAGCCGCUACCUGAGUUUUGGAGGGAGCAUCCAGUGCCUGCUGAUACAUCUAAGAUUCAUAAUUGUAUACCUGAUGAACAUUAUGUUGCGACCUUGCUUGCUCAAGAAGGACAAGAAGGAGAAAUCACCCGAAGAACCCUAACUCACACAUCAUGGGAUCUUUCAUCCUCCAAGAAAAAACGUGAACGACAAGGGUGGCAUCCUGUCACUUACAAGUUAACCGAUGCUACCCCCAUGCUCAUUCGAUCUAUCAAGGAUGUAGACAACAUUUACUAUGAGACAGAGUAUCGCAGAGAGUGGUGCACUAGCAAGGGAAAACCUGCCCCGUGCUUCCUUUUUGCAAGAAAAUUUACACGGCCAGCCGCUCUAAGGCUGCUCAACAUGUCUUCGCUUGGAGUUUCCAGAGAAGAGAACAAACAAACUGCGACUUCCAUAGAAUAGUACGAAUCUGAUAUUUUGAAUACCACUUGAAGAUAUUAGGAUUAUUAGUAGUUUCUCAAAAUGUACGAGUAUGAAAUAUCAAUGCGUGUAUAUUACAUUAUUUUAUCUGAGAAUGUAAUAAAGAAUGGUGUUUACAAUGCAUCUCUUA